ACCACAUGGAUGUAUCCAGCUUUUGAGGGGUGGGUCUCACUUUGUCUUGUUCAGUCUUGCCCUUUUCUCUGCUGCUGGUUUUCAGAACUCUUUCAGGAUGCCUCCCCGAAAGCGAAAGACAGCCCCAGAGCCAGAGCCUCCUGCCAGUGACCUGGAGCCUAGUAAGAUGAAGGUGGCUGAGCUCAAAGAGGAGCUGACUAAAAGAGGUUUGGAAAUAUCUGGCAAGAAGGCUGAUCUGAUGGCCAGGCUGGAAGAAGCUAUGGAGCUGGAGGAUGAUGGUCCAUCCCCACCCAAGAAAAUUAAGGGAAAAGCAGCUGAAUCAAAGCCGGCAGCGAAGGAAACAAAGAAAGCUCCUGCUAAGAAGAAGGCUGUAAAGGAGGAGCCGGCUGCCAAAGGAGGGGUGAACGAGAGUGACUUCAGUAAAGCUGUCAAAGUGCUCACCAGUGCAAGCCCUGCCAAGAAGAAAAAGAAGAGCUUCAAUCGCAAGGUGGAUAGCUACGUAGCGGGUAGCAUGUAUCAGGUGUACGAGGACUGGGACUGUAUGUUAAACCAGACCAAUAUCGGACAGAAUAACAAUAAGUUCUAUGUCAUCCAAAUUCUUCAAAACAAAUCUUUUACGAAUUUAUAUGGGGUCUUCACAAGAUGGGGCCGUGUAGGUGAGUCUGGUUCAAAUGAUCAUAAACACACCACGGAUAUUGAAGAGGCGAAAAAGAUAUUUGCUAAGAAAUUCCAGGACAAAACUAAAAAUAAGUGGGACAACAGAGAUAACUUUGUCCCAGCUCACGGCAAGUACACCCUGCUGGAAAUGGAUGAUGAGGAUGGGGAUGAGGAGGAGGUGCGUGUCAAGCUGGCAGCACUGGACGAAGCAGAUGGUCCAGCACCAGUGAUGAAACCUUGCUCCCUUGACAAGCCAACUCAAGCUCUUAUUAAGCUCAUCUUUGACAACGAUAUGUUCAGGGAAGCCAUGAAGAGUCUCGAAAUAGACACCAAGAAGAUGCCACUUGGGAAAUUGAGCAAGUCACAGUUAGCAAAAGGAUUUGAAGCUCUGGAGGCCAUUGAGACAGCCCUCAAAGCUAAGGCUUCUCGCUCUAAGCUGGCUGAACUAACGUCUAAGUUUUACACCAUAAUUCCUCACGACUUUGGCAGAAGGACACCUGCUGUUAUUGUGGACCCCGAAAUACUGCAGAAAAAAUUCGACAUGCUUUUGGUGCUUGGAGACAUUGAAAUUGCUCAAGGGCUGCAGCAAAAAAGUGAUACCAAGGCAAAGGUGUCUAGUGAAGAGGUGCCUCAUCCAUUUGAUGUCAAUUAUGAGUCCCUGAAGGCUGACCUAGUUCACUUGGAGAAGACUUGUGAUGAGUUUGCUGUUUUGGAGAAGUACCUGAAGGCAACUGAACCACAGUGGAGGAAGGUGGAGAUACUGGAUGUCUGGAAAAUGGACAGGGAGGGUGCUAGUGACAAGUUCAAGACUCAUGACGCCAUUUCCAAUCGUCGACUUCUAUGGCAUGGCACUAAUGUGGCGGUGGUGGCAGCUAUUUUGAAGUCUGGGCUGCGUAUCAUGCCUCACUCGGGAGGUCGAGUAGGCAAGGGAAUCUAUUUUGCCUCGGAGUGCAGUAAAUCUGCUGGAUAUGUGAGGACCUCAGGCAAUGGUACUGGCAUUAUGUUCCUCAAUGAGGUUGCCCUUGGUAAUGAACAUCAUAUCACCUGCGAUGACCACACCCUAACAAAAGCUCCUUCUGGGUUUGAUUGUGUCAUUGCCAAAGGCAGAACAGAACCUGAUCCUAAGGAUGAUGCUAGCAUUGUGCUGGAUGGAAAAACCGUAACUGUUCCACAAGGAAAGCCCAUUCCUUUCUCCAAGUUUUCAAUGAGCAGUUUCUCACAGAGCGAGUAUCUGGUGUACAAGGAGAGCCAAGCACGCAUCCGCUACCUUCUCAAGUUGAAGUUUAGCUAGUAAAAGCAGACAGUAGUGAAAGCAGACAGUAGUGUUUCAAUAUGCUAGUGGAGUCCUAGUCUGUUAUUCGUGCAUGUAGUAUUAUAAGGUACUGGGUUUGUUUUGAUGUACAUGUAUCAUUGUACAUUAUUGUCAUGA